AUGAAUGAAGAAAUAAGACAGAUUUUAAUAAUUCUACUCAUUUGUAGUCAGAUUGUAGUGUUAUCAAAACAACAUACACCUAGUGAUAAUAUAAAAAUUGGCAAUAAAAUUAUUAAAAAUAGUGAAAAUAACCUUAUACCGGGGAGAUUUUCACAGUUACAAGGAUAUGGAACAGUUGAGGAAGUCGAACCUCAACCGAAAAUAAGAAUAUAUGUAUAUAAUCCACCAAAUUCUUUUAAUCCAACAAAUGAAAUGUUUAGUAAAAGAAUAUUGAGGGAAAUGGAGAAUGAAAGAUUCACUGAACAAGUAAGAACUGUGUAUCAAAUAAAGUGGAGAAGGAAUUUGAAAGAAUUAAAGAUUCUCAGAAUGACUAAUGAAGCCAUAGAAGAUUUGAAUAUUGGAGAAGUAUAUAUUAACUCCUCCAGUCUGGCUGAUUCUCAAAUCAAAGCACUGGACCAACUUUUACGUUUUAAGUGCUCCAGACUAGAAAAAAAACUGAAGUCACUUCAGUUGAAACGUAAAUAUUUGUCAGAGGGAAGAGAUAUCAAUGUCAGUUUGAAUGAACUUAUUUCCCGAGAACUCAUCGAGGCCGCUGAUUUCUUAACUACUUCUACCGAAACAGAUUAUCCCAAUCUAGAAGUAUUAUACUAUAGUUUAUACAUUUAUUAUAUUUAA